AUGGCGCCGGCGGGGAGGCUGUUUCUGUGUGAAGACGAGAUCCGGAGGAAGACCGGGCUGGCGCCUCACCGCGGCCCGGGUGAACUUCGGUCAUUAUCUAUUCCUGGAACUUACCAAGAAAAGAUUGCUCACCUAGGAAAUUCUUUGAUGAAUUCUCUAGAUCUCUCAGGAAACUCCUUGGUUAGUCUAGAGGGCAUCGAGUACCUGACGGCGCUGGAGCGUCUCAGCGUCCGCUACAGCCGCGUCUCCUUGCUGGCGGAGGUCUUCCGGCUCCACUCCCUAACGGAGCUCGCGGAAGCGGACUUGCGGCUGAACCCCGUGGGGAAGAGCAAGCCUGACUACCGCCUCUUCGUGGCACACCUGCUCCCGCGGCUCCGGCAGCUGGUGGUGCAGCGGUGUCUGACUGGAGGAGGGUGGUCCUUCUCUGCCCCCAGCGAUCAUGGCGUGUUCUCCAUCCUGAGGGCCCUUGACUGCCUGGGGAGGCUGGGGGGCUUUCGGGGCAUCUCCACCUCCCAGGCACUGAGCUACCCAAACCAAAAUGAGACCCACAUCGUGGCGGCACCUGUCAGACCGCAUCACUCCAGAGCCAAGCGCACUGACCCCUCGGCCAAGAAGUGCUCGGUCGCGGACGCGGAUGACGAGGCGGCCCUGAACCUCGCUGCCGAGUGUGAGUAGGACCUGAGCCACCGCCCUGGGAGCACAAGUUCCAGCCGACAGGCGGGGGCCGGCUUCCCGAGCCCCAGGCAGGCUGCUGCUCCACGGGGAGGGCCCAUGCCGCAGCCUGUCUGGGGGGCUGCGUUUAAAGUGUUUUGGAAUGCAGCAGAGUCGCGGCACCUCCUGAGUCCUGAGUCCGCACAGCACCAGUAUGGGGACUCCCUGAGGAAGGGCCCCGAGAAGCGGAGGGGCAGCUCCAGCGGGGGCUGCGCGGAGCCGAGGAUGCAGGGCCAGCGCCGUGGCGAGCCCCCCCCGCAGCGCUCUGCCCCGCGUCCAGGUGACCCCAGCCUCACUGUUUGCUCUCGCUCCUCUUCUCUUCAUUGUCACGAGCACUCGCGGCCCGAGUUUGCCCGGGAUGCCCUGGACCCCACGGACACUGAGGACUCAGCCCCUUCUUCUCAGAAGACAAGUUUAUUGACUCAAAAGGGGUUAAAUCCCUUGCCCGCUCCAGAGAAGCGCAGGAAGCGAAGGGUGCCUGGCGGGAGGUCCCAGGCGCCUGCGGACCAGGAGUGUCUGAGCUGGCAGGAGGGGCGGCCCGGAGGGCUGGAGCUAGGGGCCCUGCUCCCACCCGGCGGCCUCGGAGCCCGGGCAGCAGAGGCCGCCCAGCGCGCGCGCCUCCUCGUCCCGCCGGCUGGAGCCACCCGCGGCGCUCUCGGGAGCGGGAGCCCUGGGCGCGUGUCCUUUGCUUCUCCGAAGGACACGUCCUCGUCCGGGAGUGGACGUUCUCCCCCAGAGUCACCCAGGGCGGUUGUGGACGCUGCUUCGUCGCCCUUGUCACUGGCCCAGUUGGAGAUGGAGACAUUCUCAAAGUUUGGGCCACGAGUGAAGACCACCCAGCAGACAGCAUGGAAAAUGCCAUGGUCGUGGUUUGUUUCCAUGCAGGUGUGUCCCAAAUUGCACUUGGCCGUGCCGCCCGGGAAGAAGGCCACCCUGGAGGUGGCGCUCCUUGACCUGGUGGACAGGCACUGGAGUGGCUGCAGCCCCCUGCACAGCAGUGAGGUGUUCCUCGCUCAGGCAAGACACAUUUUGUUAUCUGUCCAAGAGUUUACAGCCACUCAGAACAGUUCAACACGUGUGAAUGAAGAAAUUAGCUCCCUGACUAUGGAAAAUAAGUCUUUGCAGAGUCGCCUUGCUGAGCUACAGCAGCGGUGUAGCGUGAAGAUGAGUGAGCUGGUGUCGGAACUCAGCGACACUCGGAAGGAGAUGGAUCACCUGAGGCAGCAUCUGGACAGAACUCGGGAGGAAAGCAGUAGCUUGAAGUCUCUUCUGUUCAGCGUGAAAAAAGAAGUGAGAGACGCCGACGCUCCAUCCACACUGAACUUGCGGAUCACUGGACUUCAGACAAGUGUGAAGCGGCUCUCCGGUGAGACUGUGGAAGUAAAGCAGCGUCUGGAGCACUACGACAAGAUCCAGGAGCUCACCCGGAUGCUGCAGGAGAGCCACAGGUCCCUGGUCGGCACCAACGAGCACCUCCUUGGGGAGCUGGGCCGGGAGCGGGCGCGGCACCAGGCCGCGGUGGAGCGGCUGCACUGGAGCCACAGGGAGCUCAAGAAGACCAGGGCCCUGUUCCCCAGCCCCGCGCCCGCGCCCGCGCCCGCGCCCUGA